AUGCGACUACGAGGAUACAGCUUACAUGCAGAACAUGUUCCUGGAAAACACCUUAUUGUUCCAGACACACUGUCAAGAAGCCCGAUAGGAAGACCAAAUCAAGGUGAUACUCUUGCUGAGGAAGUUGAAUGUUACGUUGAUUUGUUGGAGAACUCCAGACCAUUGUCAGACAAGCUACUAGAGCAAAUACAACAAGCUACAGAAGGAGACAGCAUCCUACAAGAGGCAAUCAACCAUACUAGACAUGGAUGGCCGACACACAUGAAUUCCAUUUACAGGAGGGAACUGCGAGACUACUUUGUAACACACAGUGAACUGUUAGAGUCGAGAGGACUACUUUUGUACAGAAAUCGCACUGUAAUACCAGAGACUCUUAGAAGUGAAGUUCUGAGAAGCAUACAUGAUGGACAUCUUGGACUUAAUAAGUGCAGAGGAAGAGCUCAGGAUUCUGUGUGGUGGCCUGGAAUUACACAGGAUAUUCGCAACCUUAUAAACACAUGUGAAUUUUGCCAAACUCACCGUCGAUCACAACAACGAGAACCGUUGAAGUAUACACCAUUACCAAGUCGACCAUGGCAGAAAAUUGCAGCAGACCUGUGUGAGUUAGAUGGGAAACACUUCUUAGUAGUCAUAGACUAUUUUUCCAGAUUCAUUGAGAUAGCGUUUCUACAGUCUACUACCAGCGCACAAGUUAUCGGACAGAUGAAAAACAUGUUUUCUCGAUGGGGAAUUCCUGAAGAGAUAGUCUCCGAUAAUGGUACCCAAUUCACCUCAGAGACUUUCCACGAAUUUGCAGUAAAUUACAAAUUUUGUCAGACGUUCACGAGUCCUCAUUAUCCACAAUCUAAUGGGGAGGCUGAAAGCGCAGUAAAGAUUGCGAAAAGAAUUCUCCGCCAGAAUGAUAUAUUUAAGGCGUUGUUAUCAUAUCGCAACACACCUAUAGAAGCAACCGGUAAAAGCCCAGCAGAACUCAUGAUGGGACGGAAACUACGCACUACUGUUCCAACAUUACCAGAAUGGCUAGAACCAGAGUGGAUGGAUCGUGAUGAAGUUUUCCUUCGUGAUCUACGAUACAAGGAGCGGUAUACAUCUCGUUAUGACCAACAUCACAACGUGCAUCCAUUAGCCGAACCAAAGCCAGGAGAUUCGGUCAGAAUCAAGACGGACAAAGACAAACUAUGGGUCACCCAGGGAACCGUACAGGAGGCAGAUCCAAAGACGCGAUCAUACGUUGUAGGGACCCCCAGAGGUUCUUAUCGCAGGAACCGUCAACAUCUUCAGAAAACCGAUAGAUCCGUGUUCUCCGACCAUUACAGUAAACCAGUAGUACCUGCAGACACAUUCAUAUCAGAUGCAGACCAAGAACCACAAGUCAUUUCUAAGGAAUCGCAAUCACAGGAGCCUAAGGCUACGAGCGAUGUUCCCUUAACUCCGCAGUCACCGAAACAAGGAGUGAUUCAAACGCGCAGCGGACGUGUCGUCCAACGUCCCAAGAACCUGGACGAUUAUGUUGAAUGA